AUGCGCAAGAGAAUUGAGAAGGAGAUAGUGCAAAUACGUAAGGACUUUGAGUUAGCGCGUGAUUGUCAUGCUGAAAUGUACGAACACACAGACGAAAGCCAAGCGUCAACAAUGGACGAUUGGGAAGACACAUUAACAAGUGAUUUCUACGACGUCGAAGAAAGCGCAAAGACUUUCUUCAGUCUCCCCUUUUACAUGAACACGCUAACUCAACGUCUUCAAAUAACGAACAGAUUCUCGAGCAGCCAGCAAGCAGUAAUACUAGCCCUGUAGAAAACCUGUUCAUGAAAUGCCUGGGGAAGCUGCGCUUCAAGAGGCGGCAGUUGGGGACGAAGAGGUAAUAAGUGGUAAUAACACAAUUAUAUCGGACGGUGGUGUAUCGCAAGAUUUAGCAUGUAAUUCCGCAUGCCAGAAACCAGCGACUGUGUUUCUCCUGUUUAAAUCGAGGUCGCGUAACGAAAGAUUGUAAAUCGAAAGAAAGGUGUGGCGCAGAUGGAUGUUCGUGUUCCCACAACCGCCUACUUCAUGGAGGAUCCUUGCCAAAAUCACCUGCUCCACGCAUAAGUUCAGCAACAUCUGCUCUUGAUAAGGACAGUAUCAUGCCUGUGGUGAGGGUUCGGUUUAGGUCUGCGAACGGGAAAACUCGUGAAGGAAAUGUUCUUGUUGACAGUGGCACUGGCACCACCGUGAUCCAUAAAGAAUUCGCAAGAGCUCUCGGUCUUCAAGGAAGAAAAGAAAAAAUCGAUAUAGCAGUCGUCGGCGGUAAAAAGAUCACUCAGAGGGACAGUCGUAGAGUUAAGCUAUGGAUCUCCCCCCUAAACGGGAAUGAGUCAUACCCAGUCGAAGCACAUGAAAUCGACCAUACAAUUAUUAAUGUUCCAGCCCUCGACCGCACCUGGCUAAAGUCGUUUGACCACCUCAGUGAUAUUGAGUUCCCUCACAGCACCGGUCCAAUUGACCUAAUACUCAGGGUCCAGUACUGUCAUCUCCAUGCUGAAAGUGAAGUUCGACAAGGCCUGCCAUUUCAACCUGUCGGCAAGAAGACAAAGCUCGGAUGGCAUGUGAUUGGUCCAGACAACGCGAAAGAAUCAACUCCCAGUUACUUAAACUUUGCCAAGAAAAUCGAUCUGGACAGGUUUUACGACUUUGAGACCCUAGGAAUUUGUGCACCGGACUGCACCUGCCCUCAAGAAACCAUGUCUCAAGAUGGAAAAAGGGCAGUUGAACUGUUUGAAUCCUCCUGCGAAAGGCUAGACGGGCGAUUUGUCAUUUGUCUUCCGUGGAAGAAAGAUCCUCCCCAGCUUCCUAACAACUACCUUUUAGCCAAGCAGUGUCUUGAGGCAUUAGAAAGACGUCUAAUGAAAAAUCCAGUUCAAGCAAAGACCUACACUGAUGCUAUUGAAGAGUACAAGAAGAACGGAUGGGCACGGAAAUUGAACGAAGAAGAAGUAAAAGAUUACAAAGGUCCUGUCUAUUACCUACCACAUCACGGAAUAUAUCGUCCAGAAAAGAAACGUGCGCCUUUGAGAAUUGUGUUUGAUCCAGCCUGCCUGUAUAAAGGAGUUUCGCUUAACUCAUUCUUGUAUAAAGGUCCUUGUCUCAUCGGAAAUCUGUUGGGAGUCCUGCUUCGUUUUCGAGAAGAACCAAUCGCGUUCGCUGGUGACAUUUCCAAGAUGUUCCUGCAGAUUCUUCUACCUGAAGGAGAUUAUUGCCACGUCCAUCGGUUUCUGUGGAGAGUCAUUGACACAACACAAGAGCCAUCGAUUUAUUCCCUCCUUCGCGUAACCUUCGGUGACAAACCCUCCCCAGACAUGGUGAGCUUCGUAAUGCUGAAGAUUGCAGAAGAGAACAAAGAGAGUGCACCUGAAGCCUCAAAGAUCCUAGAGCGAGAUAGAUACGUGGACGACUUAAUCCAUUUGUGUCUUCAACACAAGAUGCCAUUCAGAGGAUGAGAGAAAUCGAUGAGAUCCUCAACGCAAGUGGCUUCAACAUUAAAGAAUGGCAUUGUUCGUCCAAGCAAUUGCAAGAAACAACUACAGAGGGAAACAAGAAAGAAACAAGGCCCAUUGAUACAAAUCCCCAUCCGACCAAUCAAGUUCCUGGAAAGGAAGAAGAGAAGCAUGAAGCAAACGAUGUUAGUUUAGACAAAGAAAAGGGCGUCAAAACCCUUGGUGUUUCCUGGAAGCCAAAUGCAGAUACUAUCUAUGGUGUUUCCUGGAAGCCAAACGCAGAUACUAUCUACUUUCAAAUUAAAUUCAAACGAACAGACGUCUACACAAAGCGAACGAUUCUUUCGAACAUCGCGAGAUUGUUUGACCCACUAGGUUUGGCCACUGCUGUCACAAUAAAUGAGAGAAUAGCGCUUCAAGAAAUUUGGAAGAUGAAAAAUAUUGAUUGGGAUGACCCGUUGCCUACCAAGUUACAACUGGCGUGGGCGAAGGUGUUCGACGAAAUAGAAGAUUUGACCAGCAUACAGUUUCCAAGGUCCCUACACAACCCAAAGAUUCACUUGGUUUACCAGAGUUACACGUAUUCGCUGACGCGAGCAUCCUUGCCUAUGGAGCCGUAG